AUGUCGUCAACUCAAAAAAAGGAUGAGUUUGCCGACAUUGAUGACAAGUCGAAGGCGGUGUUCAAGAAGAAGGGCUACCAGCUUCAGAGCAAGCUGGGCCAGGGCGCUUUUGGACAGGUGUACAAGGCAGUCAACUUCAAGCGUGACAAUCAGGUGUGCGCUGUCAAGGUGAUGGACCUGACGAAGAUGCCAAAGAAGCUCGUCGACAAGUUUCUUCCCCGCGAGCUGGCAGCCAUGAUGGAGGUGAAGCACCCUCACACUGUUCGCGUCUAUGACAUCUUCAAGAUGACUGGCAAUGGUGAUCUCUCUGGCUACGUAAAGAAGCACAAGUGUCUCAAGGAGGAGCUUGCCUGUCUCUGGUUCACCCAAACCUCUGAGGCUGUCCACUAUCUGCACACUGAGGACAACAUUCUGCUGAAUGAAGAGAACCAAGUCAAACUGGCGGAUUUCGGUUUUGCUAACCUGAUCACCGACGAGAAUGCUGACGUGUACGAGGCCGUCUCCGAAACUUACUGCGGCACAGUGCCCUACUAUUCGGUAAUCUUUAUAAUUACUCAUAAUCUUGGCAGCUAA